AUGUAUGGUGUCAAAUUUCCUUCCCUUUAUUCGUCAAAUGCGCCAUCCCACUCGUUUUUGCAUACGGUAAUCCAACUAAUCCAUCGACAGAUUGAGCAGCAAAAAGGAAGGACUGUUAGUGACCAUUUGAGAGGAAUGGAUAAUCCAAUUGUUGUAACGUCCGAAAACUGGGCAUUUUGA